UUGAUGAGAGAGUUGAGUUGUUUUUAACUCAUAAAAAUCAAAGCAAGAGGAAAAAGUCCUAGCUUUCAUCGAUCGGAAUUUGAAAAUGCCCCUGUCGUGAGAUUGAAGUAAAGCCUCAUGUUUCGCACUCAAUCCUGCUUCCUCAAUAUGUAAAUACUAUAACUCAUGUUGUUGUUAAUGUUUUUGUUGUUCAUGGUUGUGAUGUUACUACUUACUACUUAUUUUGCUGUGAAAGUCAAACUCGCAACAUCCAAAAGAUUGAUUGAAAUCAAUUGAUUGUUCAAAGUUUUGAUCUUUGAUGGUGGAAAAUUUCUGGGCACCCUUUGAAUUUUAUUUUCCUGGCAACCAAGCCGGUGAUACUGGCGGUUUGGUGAUUGGAUUGGAUUGAAUUUGAGACAUGGAGAAUCCUUGCAAAUCAAAGGAAGAAAUUGCGAAUGAUGCUAUCAAGCAGGCUUUGAGGGCGUUGCGGAAGCGCCAUUUGAACGAAGAAGGAGCUCAUGCGCUUGCAUUCGCUGCUCUUUCUGGACCUAUCGCUUCCCAGGGCUCUGAAUGGAAAGAGAAAGCAGAGAGUCUGGAAGUGGAACUUCAACAAUGCUACAAAGCUCAAUCUCGAGUAUCUGAGCAGCUAGUUGUCGAAAUAGCUGAAUCCAGAGCGUUGAAAUCUUUGAUUCAAGAGAAAGAAACUGCAAUGGUUGAUCUACAAAAGGAGUUGGCUGAAGUGAGGGAUGAUUGCUCUCAUUUAAAAAUGGAUUUAGAAGAAAAAACGAAAGCUCUUGAAUUGAUUAUUAGCGAGAACGCGGAACUUAAAGCACAAUUGGAGCAGAUUACUAUUAGAGCCAAGAAUGCUGAAGCUGAAAAUAAGACAUUGGUGGAUCGCUUCAUGUUAGAAAAAAUGAAGGAUGCUGAGCGCUUAAAUGAGUAUUUCCUAUCAAUCAAGGUUAACCAAUUGUACGAUGACAUGAUCAAGCGGCUAAAGGCCAGUGGUUUAGAAAAACUUGCAAGACAGCAGGUAGACGGCAUAGUUCGCCAAAGUGAAGAAGGUGCUGACUUCUUUUCUGAGACAACCGUCCCUUCUACAUGCAAAUACAGACUCCAGGCACAUGAAGGUGGUUGUGCUUCCUUAUUGUUUGAGUCAAAUUCUAGUAAAUUGAUUACCGGGGGACAGGAUCGAUUACUUAAAAUAUGGGACACAAAUACAGGAUCCUUAAGUUCCACUCUACAUGGCUGCUUAGGUUCUGUAUUAGAUCUCACAAUCACCCAUGAUAAUCAAUCUGUUAUUGCUGCAAGCAGCUCAAACAAUUUAUAUGCAUGGGAUCUCAACUCAGGUCGAGUCCGUCACACCCUUACCGGCCACAAAGAUAAAGUCUGUGCUGUCGAUGUCAGCAAGAUUUCAAGCCGGCAAGUUGUCAGCGCAGCUUAUGAUCGGACUAUAAAAGUUUGGGACUUGCUGAAAGGCUAUUGCAUUAACACAAUCAUCUUUCACAGCAACUGCAAUGCGCUUUGCUUCAGCAUGGAUGGACAGACCAUAUUUUCUGGGCAUGUUGAUGGAAAUCUUCGAUUGUGGGAUAUUAAAACUGGAAAACUACUCAGCCAGGUUGGGGCACACUCACUUGCUAUUACAUCAGUUUCUCUUUCUCGCAAUGGAAAUGUUGUAUUGACUAGUGGAAGGGACAAUUUGCACAAUUUGUUUGAUGUGCGAUCUCUGGAAGUUAGUGGCACACUAAGAGGCACUGGAAAUAGAGUGGCUUCUAAUUGGAGUCGCUCUUGUAUUAGUCCUGAUGAUAAACAUGUUUCUUCUGGAUCUUCUGAUGGAUCUGUCUAUGUUUGGUCAACAUCUACAGUUGAUAUAGUUAGCACUCUGAAGGAGCAUGCUUCUUCUGUCCUGUGUUGUGCUUGGAGUGGCCUUGGAAAACCUCUAGCUUCAGCUGACAAGAAUGGGGUUGUUUGUAUCUGGACCUAAAAGGGAAAAGCUGGUGCUAUAAAGCUCCUGCAUUGUGGAUCUAUUGUAGGAAGUCUUACCUUUCAUGUUUGCUAGAAGCCAAUUCCAUGGUUCUAACCUGUGACCGCAAAGUCACUUGGCAGCAACCUUACCGCUGUGUCGAGGCUCGCCCUAUGUAUCUAGACCUAAUGGAAUUUUAUUUCUUUGAAUACACUAGCAGGUAUGGAGUGAGUAUAUCAAUGCUCAUUUGCUCAGGUUCAGAUUCGCUAGUUGAUUUCCUCUACUAAAUUCUUAAACACUUGCACUUUCUGAUUUUUCCCUUACACCAUACAGGAUAUACCACUCAAAUUAGGGACAGUGUAGAACUGCAGAUAUUUAUUUUAACAGAAAAUUAUUUGAGCUAUUCUCUACAACAAGUUGUGAUGAAUCAAGUCUCUGACAGCCUGUAAUUAAUGUAAAAUGGUUGACAAUUAAUUGAUUGGAUUGUAUUUUA